AACCAAAAUGGCUCUUUAUUGUCAGGUUACUUCAUCACCUUCAUUAACUUGUAAAAGAUUGCCGCCUUUAAACAGCUCCUUAGUUGGAUCAUCCGGCAACAUCAUUGGUCGAGCUGGUAGAUCAGUACUCAAAUGUAUAGCUGCAACCAAAACGUCCGACGAAACCAUUGUUAGACGAUCAGCCAAUUACCCACCUUCCAUUUGGCCACAUGAUUUUGCUCAAUCACUUGCCAGUAACUAUGUGGGAGAACCGUUUGCCAAACGGGUUGAAAAGCUUAAGGAAGAAGUUAGGUUGAUGCUUAAUUCGGUGGAUCCAUUACAUCAACUAGAGCUUAUCGAUGACUUGGAAAGACUUGGAGUAUCUUAUCACUUUCAGGAGGAAAUAAAGAGAAUCCUUAAAAAGAUACACAACAAUAAUUCCAGCAAUUAUAACAAAAGAAAAGAAAGUUUACAUGUAGUAGCUCUUGAAUUCAGACUUUUAAGACAACAUGGCUAUGAUAUACCUACAGAAAUUUUUGAAAAUUUCAGGGAUGAGAAAGGAAACUUCAGGCCAUGCCUCAAAGAUGAUUGCAGAGGAAUUUUAUCUAUGUAUGAAGCUGCAUUUCUUUUGAAAGAAGGAGAGAAUUCUAUCUUUGAUGAUUUUAGAAAUUUCACAACCUCCUACCUCAAGGAAUAUGUGAAAGAAAACAAAGAUCAAUAUCUUUCCACUGUAGUGAGCCAUGAGUUAGAGCUUCCACGGUAUUGGAGGAUGCCAAGAUUGGAGGCAAGGUGGUUCAUAGAUGUAUAUGAGACAAGACCUGACAUGAACAGUAUCGUGCUUGAGCUUGCUAAACUCGAUUUUAACAUGGUGCAAGCAACGCACCAAGAGGAUAUGAAGUCGGCAUCAAGGAAGUGGAAGAAGAUGGGUCUCGGAGAUCAACUUAAUCUAUUUAGUAGUUUUGCACGGGAUAGCUGGAUGGUGAGUUUCUUUUGGGCUGUGGGGAUGAUUUUCGAACCUCAGUAUGGAUAUUGUAGAAGUAUUUCUGGAGUGGUCAAUGCUUUGAUUACGACUAUGGAUGAUGUGUAUGAUGUUUAUGGCACUAUGGAUGAACUUGAACUCUUAACCAUGCCGUUGACAGAUAUAUUUUCUUGCUCGUUAUUUAGAUGGGAUGUCAACAAAAUUGACCAACUUCCAGACUAUAUGAAGAUAUAUUUUCUUGCUCUCUACAAUUUCGUAAAUGAAAUGGGUUUUAAUGCUAUCAAAGAACAUGCAAUUGACAUUAUUCUUUAUCUAAAGAAAUCGUGGGCAAAUUUAUGCAAAGCCUAUUUAUUGGAGGCAAAGUGGCAUAAGGAUGGUUACACCUAA